AUGCCCAAAGCGCGGAUUUUGUCCUCGCAUUGGGAAAACAAUGAGAGGCCCGACAUUAUGCCAUCGGAUCAGUCUGUAUCGCUGGAAGGUGCGCCGCUAUUUCGCGAAGCCGAUGUAGAUUUGGGCGUGUACGGAGUAGCUCAGCCUACGAUCAUUGGUCUGAAAACGGUUCUUUCUGUGCUGAGGUGCCAGCCUGCAGAAAGACAAGACACCUCCGAGGCUUAUCAACAAACAUGCGCCUGGGUUUGCACACGAGAAGAGCCGGUGGUGUAUGUGAGUGACCGACCAUUUGUGUUGCGUGAGGCGCACAGCCCAAAGCAGCCUAUGAGUUUAAGUGAUCGUGCGGAAAACCUGGAAGCGAUUGAAAAGCGUUUAAAGCAUGAUAUCCUCACAGAAGCUGCCAAAAACAAUGGCCUUCUUCUUGUCCAUGAAGAACAGGCAGGCGCUUCGGAACUCAAGACCAUGUGGGUUUCAGUGCAGGGGGAUGAGGUCCGUACGGUGCGUGAAGUAUUUUCCUGGAUCGAAUCGCAGGGCUGGCGUGUCACAUACCAUCGUCUGCCUAUUGCACCUGACCAGCCAUUGGAGCACAACUACUUGGACGCGUAUACGCAAGUAAUUAAAGAUACAGAUCCACGCAACACUUGUUUUGUGGCCAACUGCGGAGCAGGUGUCUUUCGGACCACGUUUGCUAUGAUUGCAGCUGUCCUUGUGCGUCGACGACAAUGUAUCCUGCUCACCAACGUGGAUCCAAUGGCUGCAGACAACUCGCCGAUCCCCAACCCGCAUGCCCCGUCGCAAACACUUGGUCGAACCCUUCGACGGGUCCAGGACAGCAUGGUCCAAAACCAUCAUCUGCUUCGUCUUGUUCAUGUCCUCAGUCACAGCUUUUCAGCAAAUGAUAGCCGCACCAUCAUUGAGCAAUUAUUGAUGCACCCUAUCCUCCUAAAAUCUCUUCAGGACGCGAAUAUGGGCGAUUACGGGUUGGUUCGCCAAUUGUGUGGGCUUUUGGAUGAAGGCGUCGGCUGUAAAAAUGUGGUAGACACGGCAAUUGAUGCUUGCGCGCAUGUCAUCAACUUGCGUGAAUCCAUUUUAUCGCGCCGCUUGCUCUACUCAUCAGAAGCCACAAUCAAUGAUACGCAAGCCCAAUCUAUGCUUCGCCGUGCAUCAAAAGCGCUGGAGGUCUACUAUUUCUUGAUUGCCUUUGCCAGCUACGUCGAGGAAAGCAAGACGGCCAUGUUCCAAUUCCGUUUCGCCUCAUGGCUUAAGAGUCGCGUAGAAAUCUGGCGUGGUAUUGUGCAUAUUCGCACAUUGUCGCAUCACUUAUCUCUCUUCGAUCCCGUAUGCGAUCUCUCCGUAAUUACACGACGCGAUGGGAGUGUACACACAGAGCUGUCUCCUCCCGAUAAGAAUCGUAUGAGCGAUGCUGUCGAUCAGAAUGCAGUGGUCACAGGGGAUGAAUUCGCGGAGUUUGUCAUUAAUAAUCGAACUGGUAUGGUGCUUCGCCCUGGCCUAUUGUUAAAGCAUGACAUUUGGCGGGAAUUCAUUCCUAGUGGUAGCGCCAUGCAAGUACAUGGCGCUGUCAAUUUCCGCCGUGUACUGCAGACCAACAUCUUCGGCUCUGGCCAACCUACUGUGGAAGGAAUUCACAAUCUUCUAGCUACAGUGCUCAACCAGGUGUCAUCUAGCAGCAAGGAACAACGGACGGUACUCUGGAUCAACUUGCGCGAAGAGCCUUUGGUCUAUGUGCAGGGCCGGCCUUUUUGUCUACGCCAGCGUGAAUUGUCUCUCCGCAAUAUAACCAACUACAGUGGCAUUACACCGGAACGCCUUGGCCAAUUGGAGGAUCGUCUGUGCUCGGAUGUCAUAUCAGAACUUUCCGGGAGCGAUGGGAAACUGCUUUUGCACAGCGAGACGGAAGACGGCAACGUUGUGCCGUUGUGGGAAGAUGUGGAGUCUACGGAUAUUCAAACAGUGCAAGGCGUCAUGGAUCAAGUAGCAGCAGACCUGCCCAGCAAUAUCCGACUGAAAUUCCGCCGGAUCCCUAUCACGGCAGAGAAAAGCGUGGAAUACACAGAUGUGGCAGACCUCUUGCAUGCUGUGCUAGAAUGCUACGAUAGUAAUGCGCCUAUCGUUGUCAAUUGCCAGUUGGGACGUGGUCGUACGACAUUGGUUUCCGUGCUUAUUUUGCUUUUUGAGCGAUGGCUGCAAGGCAAGAAAGCCACCUCACCUGCUGAUAAGCCGCGCUCGUCGUACCAUGUGAUCAACAGUCUGCUGCGUGUGAUUCCCCAUGGCCAAGAAAUAAAGCGCAUGGUCGACGAUGCUAUUGACGACUGUGGCUCCGUGCUCAACAUCCGUACGUCCAUUGAAGAUGCCUUCAAGGCGGCCGAAAAGGCACCUGCCAAUGAAAAGAAGGGAUACAUUGCUCAUGGUGUACAGAGCUUGCACCGAUACUUCCAUCUACUGGUAUUCCGGGCGUUCCUGGAUAGUGUCACGCCCAGCUCGAUUAUGACGCACUCAUUUGAAAAGUUCGUUCAUAAGCAGCCCGUGCUGAAAACCAUCGCACGAGACUUGGAUCACAUGGAUAUUUCCACUAUCACGCCUUUAGGCAAAAUUGAUAUCGGCGAUGGCGUGGCUCUCACGGACGAAGUGGAAGAGGUAGUGCAUAAUCGCAGCGGUACGAUCCUCAGUGCUUCUACCAUCCUUAAAUCGGACUUUUUCAGUGGGAUUCUCAAAGCGGGCCUUCCUCUGCGGAUUGACGGAAUGCCGAACUUGCGCAGGGUAUGCCCGCUCUUAACUUUGUUCUCCAUUUCAAGUGACAUACCAUGCACUCAUCCCACGGCCCAAAAUACAUGGGGUUGUGGAAUGCCUACGAUAGAGGGUCUUCGUGCUGGUCUGACACAGAUGGGAGCCGCGAAGGACGAGGCAGCGAAGAUUGUGUGGACCAACCUGCGUGAAGAACCAGUCCUCUAUGUCAAUGGCCGCCCCCAUGUGCUGCGCCUAGCAGACCAACCCUUGACCAACGUCGAGGCUACAGGCGUGACGACGGAUGUGGUAGAGCGAAUGGAGUCCGCUCUACAGCGUGAUUUGCGCCAAGAAGCCCGCCAACGAAAUGGCCGCGUAUUACUGCACGACGAAGUGCCCAACGAUGAAGGUGAAUACCUCAUUGUGCCUGUCUGGGAAACGGCCAAGGAUGAUGAUAUCUUGACACCCAAAGAGGUAUAUGAACGCAUGCGCAGUGAAGGAUACCGUGUUGACUACGCCCGUGUGGCCAUCACUGAUGAGCAAGCUCCUGUGCCUGACGUGUUUUCGCAACUGGAAGAGCGUGUGCAGCAUGCGAUUGAUACGCAGGCUAUAUGCGUAUUUAACUGUCAGAUGGGUCGUGGACGCACGACCAGCGGUAUGAUCAUUGCCUCGCUGAUUGUGAGUGUACGGGAGUAUGGUCAGGACUGGCUGAAGCGUCGUCGCUUGCUUGAUACAGCUGACGCAAGCGAAGCAGAUGAAUCACGCGAGCUGCGUGAAGAUGAACUGCGCAUGGAUGGAGAGUAUCGCUGCAUAUUGCAGCUAGUGGGUGUUCUGUCGUACGGUCGGUUGGCGAAAAUCUUGCUCGACCAUGCGAUUGAUAGGAUGGAUACGAUCCAGAAUCUGCGCCAGGCCAUCUCCGUGAUGAAGCUGCGUGCAGACAGUGCGGAGCCACACACACCGCGGCACCGUCAGUUGAUGAGCGUAUUUCAGAAUUACCUCGCACGGUAUGGGUAUCUCAUUGCCUUUGCCAGCUAUCUCUUGGACAAGAUGCACAGUGCCAUGGUAUCGAAUGAAGAGGACGACUCUGCCUCACUAAGUUCGUCUGUCCAUCAUCACCCAUUGGCAUGGUCCAUUGACGAGCCUACGUCGGCCAACUCAGUGGACGACUUCCCCAGUUUCCCAACAUGGCUACGCACGCGGCGUGAAAUUACUGCGAUCCUCGAGCGUGACUUCCUCGACUAG